AUGACAGUAGUUUUAAAAAACAAUGUUCUUUAUAGACCAGGUUCAAUCAGUACUCAUGUAACAUCAGAUUCAACAACUUAUUUAGGUAAUUUUGAAGAGCGUGAAGAAGCUGGAAGUUGGAAGUUUUUACCACUUUAUACAUUUGUGGUCGUAUCUGGAGAAUGGAAGCAUAGAAGCAAAUUAACCAAAAUGUUUGAACGUCGUUGGUUAAGCAGAACCAACUAUAAUCAAUCUGGCAAAUUAUCAUUCAAUAGUAAAAGAAAACAAUUAGAUUUAGGUAAUGUAAUACCGAUCAGGAUAAAAAGGUCACUCAGUAAAUAA